GUGGGCAGCAGAGUUUCAACAGAAAUUCAGAUAAUCUCAUGCUGUAUUAUUGCAAUAUUAUUAAAUAAAACUUCUCGGCAGCGUGUAAAUAUUUUAACAAAUAUAAAGAAUAGAGUGCAUACUUUAAGAAGCUACCACGAAAAAGUGUUAAAAUAGUUUUUUUUUUAAGGCAAUGACAUAAAGGCAUAACCAAGACGGUGACCUUAAAUAGUGAUGAGAGUGGCAUGUUGAAUUGGCAGGCAAUAACAAAAUAAUUGUGAAACUAGUGCUACUGUACUCACUCUAUCAGUAUUCUGUAUAUACUCUAUAGAUACACCGGGAAAAGGUGGGCUCGUCCUAUUACGUCACAACAGCAUCACACAUUUGAACACUAACGCACGCCACCCACCCGCAACCUACCCCACUUAACAAGUACACCCACCCACUGAAUAAACACUCAACGAACAAGGUGGUGAAUGGUAAAUCAAAACCCCGGGAUAAAGGGAUAGUGUGAAAAUAAAAAAAAAACAAGUACAAAGUAUACAACAAAUCGAGGCAUUAAAAAACCAACAACAAAAACAAAUAUAAACAAAUAAUAAAAGCGGCUAAUAAAAAUCAACGGGCACUCAAAUAACUUUAUUGGAGAUACCUCCAACGAAGAUCUUGAGAGCAUUAGUCACGAGCGUCACAUUGAUUUACAUUCAGACGAGAUGACUGAAGGCAAAAAUCCCCCUACCACGCCCAGCUCGAGCGCCGAAGUGCCUUUUCGUCGUGGCCAUGAUUUUCGAAAAACCUCUUUGAGCCUCAAUCGCCUGGUGGGUGUAAUUGACGAAGGCACAAAUGUGGUGAGUUUCUCGAUAUACACCACACCUGAGUUCAAAGAAAUCGCUGCCCAUCGCAUUGAGAAACAAAUGAUAACGGUCAAGGAUGGUUGGUUCGAACAGGAUCCUGUGGCCAUUAUCAAUAACAUUUAUCGCUGCUGUGAAGUGGCUGUCAGCAUGUUACCCUCCCUAGGUUAUCGCAAAGAAGAUAUCUAUACGAUAGGCAUAACCAAUCAGCGUGAGACCACUGUUGUGUGGGACAGUCUGACGGGCAAGCCGUUGUACAAUGCCAUAGUAUGGAAUGAUAUACGCACAACCAGCACAGUGGAUCAAAUUCUCGCCAAGGUACCAGAUCAAAAUAAGAAUCAUUUUAAGAAUAUUGUCGGCUUGCCGGUGUCACCGUAUUUUUCGGCUCUAAAAAUUCGUUGGCUCAAGGAUAAUGUGCCGGCAGUGCGCAAGGCAUGUCGUGAAAAGAGAUGCAAGGCUGGCACCAUUGACAGUUGGAUUGUUUGGAAUUUGACAAAAGGCUCUCUUCACAUCACCGACGCCACAAAUGCCUCACGCACGCUACUCAUGAACAUUGAAAAUCUUGAAUGGGAUCCCAUGAUGUUGAAAACAUUUUCCAUACAUGUCGAUAUGUUGCCGGAAAUUCGCAGUUGUUCAGAAAUCUACGGCAAGGUCAGUGAUGAACGUUCCGUGCUCAAUGGUAUACCGAUCAGUGGCAUUUUGGGUAAUCAACAAGCUUCACUGUUGGGUCAAAUGUGUAUAAAACCAGGACAAACCAAAAACACCUAUAGAUCAGGCUGCUUUCUGCUAUGUAAUACGGGGCCAACACACAUUAUCUCCAAUCGGGGUCUGCUCACAACAGUUGCCUAUAAGCUGGGACCCAAAGUGCCACCAGUCUAUGCUUUGGAAGGUGCGGUGGCUGUGGCAGGACACGCCUUGGAAUGGUUGCAAAACAAAGUGCGUAUAAUGCCAAAUGCUUCGGAUGCGGAAAAAUUCGCCGAGUCAGUGCACACAACGGGAGAUGUGUAUUUUGUGCCCGCCUUUACCGGUCUAUAUGCGCCAUAUUGGCGUAAAGAUGCACGCGGCAUGUUGAUCGGCCUCACACAGUUCUCCACCAAACAUCAUGUGGUGAGGGCGGCUUUGGAGGCUAUUUGCUUUCAAUCGCGUGACAUUUUGGAGUGCAUGUACAAAGAGGGUGGUUUCAAAUUCAAUAAAUUGCAUGCAGAUGGUGCCUUGUCCUCCAACAAUCUGCUAAUGCAAUUGCAAGCCGACACCGCUGGUGUUCCUGUAUUUCGUUCACAGCUCUUAGAUUCCACAGCCUUUGGUGCGGCCAUGUGUGCUGCCCAGGCCGAGGGUGUGGAGCUGUGUAAAUUCGAUCCUGAGAAGAGACACUACGACAAUAUCUACUAUGACACUUUCCUGCCCACCAGCACCGAUGAGGAGCGCCGCCAACGUUAUGGCAAAUGGAAAAAGGCGGUGGAGCGCAGUUUCGAUUGGGUAGAUCGUGGCCAAUCGAAAACAAUGACUGAGGAACGUUAUCGCAUGUUGUCCUCAGUGCCGUGUAGUAUAUUCCUAAUUACCACUUUUGCCAUGUUGGCACACUCCUUGAGAAAUGUAAAGUCUUAGGCGGUAAUAGGACUUUCGAAAACAUGACCAUAGAUAGGACAAUCAAAUAAUGAAAAAUCAGACUAGGACUAGAAGCGGGUAUAUGUUGGGGUCUGUUGUAUUUCCAAUAGAAGUUUGAUAUUUCGAGAAUCUGGAUAAUUCUUGGGGGACAGACACUUCAUCAUUGAAAAAAGUGCCUAAAGUAAAUCUUUCAACAUUAAUCGUUAGCUCUUAUCCUUAGGCUCUCCGGGAGAGAACUCUCUAAUUACACAGGGAAUAGUCAAUAGUUGUGGGAAAUCCAUUUUAUGCAACAAAAGCGUAGAGCUAGAUGUAUUAAAAAUUCGUUUGUGCAACAUUAUCUUAGUUAAGCUGCAAUAGCAUACCCAGAUUCCAGUUUGGUGCCUUAGGCAUUGGGUAGAAAAAACUAUUUUCUGCUCACAGUUGCCAGCUGAAGAUAAUAGAUAAUAUUCUUCAUAACUUCCUACAGAUUCUGUAGAUCGAUAGUUGCUAUCUCUCUGGCUGCUGGCGGCUGCUAAAGAACUUCCCAUUCGACCUUCUGUUGGGGGAGGUUACAACAAUAUUCGCAACACAUGCCCUCUUUCUCCCAGCGAUCGGGUCUAUGCACUGAAACAACCCACAAAGGGAGCUUCCCAAGGAUCGCUAACCCCACAUGCAAGAGUAUGUAUGUGGCGACAUCUACUACUGAAUAUGACCUGAUGUUGUCGUAAAGUUGAGAGAUUUAAAGGGAACGAAAAGGAACGCCAUUACCCGUAUCUUUCUCUUCUAAAAAUGGAGAAUUGCUGCAGUGUAGCUGCAGCUUCACCUUUUUAUUACGAAAAGAAUUAUCCAGCCAGCUAAGCCGUUUCUAUGUCUUAUAAAUAAUCGCAAUUGCAAAUAUUUGUUGUAUAAUUGUAUUGCCUUACAUAAGCCUUGCUUUGAAUAUGCAUAGAAAUAUCGAUAAGGACAAGGUUUAGCGGCUUUUUAUUGUAAGAGGCAACCACUUGCAAUUGUGAUUGUUAGAGCAAGAAGGUUACAACACUGUGUGUGUGGCAAAAAAAAUUGUGUUAAAUUUGUCUGGCAAUGUGUAGAGCAACAUCUGAAUGAUUGGCAGUUGUGUUGUUAUCGAAUGUUAUCGGUUUUUAUCGAAUG